AAUGUCAUACUACCCCGGAUACAAUCCAUAUGGUGCUCCUUUGGGAUAAUCUAUAGCUUAUCCUAACACAUAUGCAUAACCAAUAUCUUAUGCUCCAGUUCAAUAUACUGCUCCCAUAGCAUAAUCUGUUGUACAUCCUGUAGCAGUCUAACCAGUUGUGCAAUAAUCCUACAUAGCUUAACCUGUUGCUGUCUAAUAGGUAGUGGCUUAACCUGUUCAAUAAACUAUUCGAGGAGAAUCAAGAGUGGAAUAUAAAGAAUAUCAAAGACCAGUCGUUGAAAUGGAAACCGAGACAGUUUAAGUUUAAGUUCCAAAAACUAAAUAUGUUACAGACUAUUAUCCAGUUGAAUAUUAAACAGAAUAUAUUCCAAGAACAGUUUAUGAGUAACAAACUGAAUAUAUUCCCAUUACAAAAACAGUCCCUAGAGUAGAAUAUGAAACAGUAGAAAGAGAAGUUUAAAGAGUAAAUCAUUUGUUUAAUAUUUUAGUAAUAAUAAGUAGUUGUUUAGCAACCAGUUGUUUAAUAAUAUGUACCUUAGGUAACCUAAUAUGUUCAAUAACCAGUCGUUUAAACUGUUGUUCAAAACCCAGUUAUUUAAUCUGUUAUAUAACAACCAACAGCAUAUUCAGCAGUUAGACCAGCAUAAACUUAUGUUCCUACUGCUUAUACAGCUCCUAUUGCUUAAUAUCCAGCAAAUUUAAGAAAUAGUAGACCAUAUUGAG